CAAAAUUGUUGUGUUUAUCAUUGUUGGACAUAAAUGAAUGGAAAAGAACACAAUUGGACGUCCAAAGUCAAGCAAUGAGACUCUAAUUUAGAGGCUUAAGAUCUUAGAUGAGUAGCCAUAAAUGGCUGCCCCUUACAACACCUAGAACGGGAUUUCCUAUAUGCUUUGGUGAGGUGGUGAGAGUACUCAGAGUAGGAUUAGAACACAAGAAUUUCAUUUGUAACGAAGAGCCGAGAGAUGAAUACCAGAGAAAUCAAAUCGCCUGAAGGUACAUCGGAGACACCAUCUGUUCCGGAUGGAAACUCUGUCUCAAACUCUGUUCACAGGAAGAAACUCGGAGUCUAUUUCAUUGAAUCAGAUAACCGACGUAUGGCAUUUGGACGCGGUUAUACCGGAGGCACGACGCCAGUUAAUAUCAAAGGAAAGCCUAUUGCCGAUUCAGAUCUUUCCAAGACCGGUGGUUGGAUUGCUGCCUUCUUCAUUUUUGGAAAUGAAAUGGCAGAGAGAAUGGCGUACUUUGGUCUUUCUGUGAACAUGGUAGCUUUUAUGUUCUAUGUAAUGCACAGACCUUUUGCUAGUUCUUCAAAUGCAGUGAACAACUUCCUUGGAAUUUCACAAGCAUCCUCUGUUCUGGGAGGUUUUCUAGCUGAUGCUUAUCUGGGUCGAUACAGGACAAUCGCAAUUUUCACCACAAUCUAUCUUGCUGGUUUGACAGGGAUAACACUAUGUGCAUUGAUGGAUGUUUUCGUGCCAAACCAAGACCAAUGUGAUCAGCUUGCGCUGCUUCUGGGCAACUGCGAACCUGCGAAGCCAUGGCAGAUGCUUUACCUCUAUACAAUUCUUUACAUAACCGCAUUUGGGGCUGCCGGAAUAAGGCCCUGUGUCUCUUCCUUUGGGGCUGAUCAGUUUGAUGAGCGUAGCAAAGAUUACAAGACCCAUCUGGACAGGUUUUUCAAUUUCUUUUACCUUUCAGUCACCGUCGGGGCAAUUGUGGCUUUCACUUUGGUGGUCUAUAUUCAGAUAGAAAAGGGCUGGGGAUAUGCCUUUGGUUCAUUGGCUAUAGCCAUGGGGAUAUCAAACUUGUUAUUCUUCGCUGGAACUCCUUUAUACCGCCACAGGUUGCCCGGAGGCAGCCCAUUAACUCGAGUCGCUCAGGUUCUCGUUGCUGCUUUCAGAAAACGUAAUGUCCCCUUCACAAACAGUGAACUAAUAGGCCUGUAUGAGGUUCCAGGCAAACAUUCUGCUGUAAAGGGUAGCCGAAAGAUAGCUCAUACGGACCAUUUCAGGUGGUUGGACAAAGCGGCUCUACAGCUGAAAGAAGACGGGAACAAUCCGAGUCCCUGGAGGUUAUGCACGGUGACUCAAGUAGAGGAAGUAAAGAUACUUAUAAGGCUCAUUCCAAUCCCAGCUUGCACGAUUAUGCUCAACAUAAUCUUGACAGAAUACCUUACUCUCUCAGUACAACAAGCAUACACCUUGAAUACUCACAUGGGUCAUCUUAAACUCCCUGUAACAUGUAUGCCGGUAUUUCCUGGCCUCAGCAUAUUCCUCAUACUGUCCUUCUACUACUCUGUAUUCGUUCCCCUGUCCCGCCGGGUCACCGGCCACCCCCAUGGAGCAUCCCAGCUUCAAAGGGUGGGCAUAGGUUUGGCAAUCUCAAUUAUAUCUGUAGCGUGGGCAGGUGCUUACGAGAAUUACCGGAGAGACUACGCGAUAAAGCAUGGAUAUGAGGCCAGUUUCUUAACUCCCAUGCCAGAGCUAAGUGCAUACUGGCUGCUUAUCCAGUACUGCCUGAUUGGAAUAGCUGAAGUAUUCUGCAUUGUGGGACUGCUGGAGUUUCUCUAUGAAGAGGCUCCAGAUGCAAUGAAGAGUAUAGGCUCUGCUUACGCUGCCCUGGCAGGAGGCUUGGGUUGUUUUGCAGCAAGCGUGUUGAACAGCAUUGUGAAAUCAGUGACUGGGACCCCGGUGAAGGGGGAGGAGUCAUGGCUGUCUCAGAAUAUAAAUACCGGUAGAUUUGAUUACUUCUACUGGCUCCUUGCAAUUAUGAGUGUCAUCAAUUUCUGCGUUUUCCUUUAUUCAGCUCAAAAGUACAAGUACAGAGCUGAGCAGAUGUUCAGGUGAGGGGAAAGCAAACAGAAAACCAGAAUCAAAGCUACUUUUCUCCAUUACCUUCCACAAAGGAAAAGAAAAAAAAAGUUGUAAUUUUGCAGGCAAGCAAAGCUCUGAGGCAUGAAUUACAAAUUUUACUGAAAGUUAUUUUAUUACCAACCAAAUAUGUUAAGCUCUAUAUUUUGAACUUAAUUGCAGUUUCCAAGGAAAAAGGAGCCAAUCUAAGUUGAGUAGCUUAGCAGUUAAGCUGGAGCUUGAAGCUAUAAUAACAAGUUUGAGUUAAG